CUAAACCUUCCCUUCAGCUUCCGCGCUACCAGCUUUAAACCAGCGGUGGAUUCAGGGCACUUUCACGGUCAUAAUGUCGAAGCACCGACAGCAGGAGACAAAGAAAUACGGCAACGAUUGGGCGUUUCGUUACGUGUAUCGGAACGACCUCCCAGAUCUUCCUUUCCAGCCCAAACUUCUCGAAUACCCGUUUCCGCCAGACCGGCUUUACCGCUACGAGCCAAACUCUUUAUCCGACAAGUUCUUCUUUGAAGUGUGCGGACCAGAUAAUGAAAACGGGGUUCCAUGCGCGCCACUAGGAAUGGGAUUUUUGGAGGACUCAUUUCGUAAUCCGGAUGCAAAGCUGGUUCCACAACAACUUGACCCGGAGGAUGAGGAGCUGCUUGCAAAGCCCCAUCAACUAAAUACAGCAAAGGCAAAGUCCAAAGAGAUCUCCUUUGCGAAUUCACCCCUGUUUUUGAGAAGAACGAAUGUCAAUAUGGCCGGAGAAGCCAAAACGUACGGACGAGUGCAAAUGGGUAUUGAGAGACAAAUGGGCGUGUCUAUCAUGCGGGACGAAAAGCUCGCAAAACACAUACAUCACACGGAAGAAGAUAAGCUCAAGACGAUUGAGAAUACUUUUGAAGCGGUUAAGAAAUUUUCGAUCGAUAAUCUCAAACAUCCUGAUGGGAAGGAUGUGAAAGCGGUUGAGAUCUUUCCUAUUUUCCCUGACUUCAGCGGGGCGUGGCCCGAUCGUGUGACUUUAUCUGUAUUUGAUUGUGAUCCACUGGAAAAAUCAGCGACAACGAGAAAGAAGAUUGAGCCAGGUUCUGAUAAAGCAUUAGCCUUGGAAGAAGCGGUCCUGAAGCCUCUUCAGAACCCGGAGACCCAAGAAACAGUAUUGGGAUACUACACACCUACAGAAGAGUCUAUAAUAAAGAUCCGGGCGAAACGGAACAGAGAAGAAGAGUUUGGGUCGGACGAGGAGGGCGAGGAGGAAUUCGACUUCCGUCAUGUUCGAGAUUACCAUUAUGAUGCAAGAACCGAGCACCUUCGACAGUUGGUAUUAAGGUUCGAUAACGAUAAUCGAGGCGUCUUUUAUAAGCGAAUGGAGGGACGCGUAAAUCUGAAGCGAAAGCGAGCAAGGGGUAUCAACGAGGAGGAGGAAGAAUGGGAGCGACCGACACGCUUGACCUUGACAAGACGACCACUAACCGAUGACGAUCGACAUAAGAGAAAAGCAGUGGUUAAAGAAGAUUUGGGUAUUGAUGAAAGCGUGUCGAUACAAGCGAGUCAAUCUCCAGAAAUAAGACGAGCCGACGCGCCAACGCGGGGGGACAAUGGGACUAGUGAUAUAGAUAGUCUUGCUGGUGAUGGAGAACAACGGUGAUUGUUGUCUAAAACUGUUACAUGAGCUUUACCGCGUCAGCAACCAAAUUCACAGAUCUGGAUCUUGAUCAUGACCUCGAUGAAGUGAUUGCGAGCGCAGCAAAAAUGUAUUGAUGCAAAUAUCUACAGGGAUGGCGAUAUAUCUACUUUAAGUUUGAGUAGUGAUGAUAAUUCACGAGACAGCAUAUCCUCAAGGACUUCAUUUGUCCGCAAACACUGCCACUGUU